UUUUCGUUUAUAUGAUUUGUGUGGGUUUAAGAAUAAUUUGUAACACAAAGUAAAUAGAAUCCAAGCAAAACCAUGGCUUAUCUGACGCAGCCCGAUUACGUGAAGUACAAGUGUUCCUGCGGUCAACUGAAGCCUAUCACAAGUCUUUACUUUUGUCGACACUGCUUGAAAAUACGCUGCGGAUUCUGUAUUUGUCAUGAGGUGGACUCCCACUACUGUGCCUACUGCCUCGAAAACAUGCCAUCCUCCGAAGCCCGUCUGAAGAAAAACCGUUGCAGCAGCUGCUUUGACUGCCCAAGCUGUUUCCACACACUCUCUACCCGGGCUACACUAGCCCAGCCUCGGCAGGACCCGGCGGCAGGGGCGGGGGGUGAUGGAAAGGUUGGGGACGGGAAGCAGGCUAAGAGGGUGUAUUAUCUGUCAUGCUUUAACUGUAGGUGGACGGCUAGGGAUGUGGGGAUUCCAGAUCAACCUGUGGCAUCGGGUGGGUGGCCAGAGCGCACCAGCCCACACGCUACGCGCGUGAACCAGCUUUUGGACUAUUACAAGGCAGUAUUGCAGCAAGAGAAGCAGGAGAAGAUAGAGAGGGAGAGGAAGAAGUUCGCCGUGAGAGGGAAAUACAUCACACUCACUGACAAGACAGGCCUAACAGGGGCUAUGGCUCGCAGCAUCGCAGGGCUACCUCCAGCAGAAUGUUCCAGCCUCGCCUUAGCCGGGUUCACCCCCGCUGUCGCCAGUGAAGAAGUUGAUGAAUUACCAGAAGACGCCUUCACUAAGGAUGUCAACUUGAAUCAGAUAACGAGUAUGCCACAACGCCUGGCCGCGCCCGAAUGGCAGCCGACUCAAGUAUCCCGCUUACAUCCCAUCGCCAAACUCCUCAGCGUGAAGCGAUCCCAGCGGUGCCGAGCGUGCGACCACAAUCUCACCAAGCCCGAGUAUAACCCUGGAUCCAUCAAGUUCAAGAUAGAACUGCUGGCAUAUUACCACGUGCCCGAGGUGAAGAUAAUCUCCUGCGAGAUCGUCCGCCCGGGCGGCAAGUCCACCCUACUGCUGAAGCUGGCCAACCCGACCCCCCACGAGAUGACCUUGAGGCUGCUGCAGCCUGCCGAGGUCCCUGCUGAGGAGGACAAGGUGGAUAAGGACGCCAGUCUGGAGAAGAGUUUGGAUAAGAGUCUGAAGAUUGAGAAGCAAGAACCAAGCUGGAACCCCAGAGAGCCUCCCACAGUACUGACUCAAAUCACACCACCCGCUGUGACGCUCACGCUCGCGCCCAGAGAUGACGCAGCUGAAUAUGAUGAUGACGCUCGACAUGAACCCAGCCACAUAAUCCUCUGGCGCAAGUCCAACAAGCUGGCCCUCCGCCUCGAGCUCAGCACCGACGCGGCCGCCGCGGAAGGCGCCCCGGCGCAGACUGCCUUGGCUGUGGAGUAUUCGUACCGCAACACCGUCCCGCAGCCCGGCGCUCCGCAGAACAGGGAUCACACCUUAUAUACUAUACUGUAUUUGGACUUAGGGACUGUGGGAUCGGCUGGCCUUUAAAUUUUGAGGUUAUAACCUCAAAUAACAGCUCCAUCUAUUGUUUAGUUUGAGAAGCAUAUAAUCGGGCUAGCUCAACUUGGCGGUAGUAGUAAAAAAUAUCUUAUUUGUGCUUAUAAUCUGAUCAUAAUAACAUACAAAGCAGUAUGAUUAUCUUUGGCUAUGCUCUUAAUGAAGUUUAAUUAAUAACUAGUCAUUGGCGAGGUCGCCAUGUAAGGUAUUCACAACACUCUUUUAACUGCCCAUCGAUGGACCUUUAUUUAUUUGCAAUAAGGUACAUAUGUAUGGAGAGGGCUAUGCUCGGAGUUUCUCUGCGUGAUCGAAUCAGAAAUGAGAUCCAUAGACGAACUAAAGUCACCGACAUAGCCCACCGGAUUAGCAAGCUGAAGUGGCAAUGGGCGGGCCACAUUGCACGCAGAGAAGAUGGCCGAUGGGGUCGAAAAGUGCUCGAGUGGAGACUACGGACUAGCAAGCGCAGCGUAGGACGUCCACCCACAAGAUGGACAGACGACCUUGUUAAGGUCGCCGGAGGACGCUGGAUGCGGGUCGCUUCCAACCGGUACGAAUGGAGGUCCAAGGGGGAGGCCUAUCAGCAGUGGACGUCUUAUGGCUGAGAUGAUGAUGAUGAUGAUGAAGGUACAUGAAACCUUAGUUUAGUGUUGACUAUGAUACUAAAAGCGACAUAUAACUGACCUUAUUUCAUUGUAAUAAGGUUGAUUUACUCGUAGUCAGGUUCGAGUUAGACCAAGAUAAGUCUGCAACUAUUUUGAUAGCACACACAGUGCAAGUGUUAUUUAAGUCAUGAUUUCAUAGAAGUUUGACGUUUAAAAUAACACCGUCAAUGCGUGUGCUAUUAAAAUUGUUGCAGACUUUUCUUGGUCUAACUCUAGCUACGAGUAAAUCUCGCAUAUUGCAAUCGGCAUAUUUUUGCUGGUAGCCGUAUUUUUAUUAUUUGAUAUACUUACAUCGAGCAGCAACUUUGUUCAUAAUUUUAUAACUGAAACGAGACUUAAUCGCGUGGCCCGACGUUUCGAACGUGACUACGUUCGUGGUCACAGGCAGAAUGGCGAGGAAUAGUAUCAACAUUAUCUUGCUACGCGAGUUUUGCGAACUACCCGCACUUGAUCUUAAUUACUCACUUGAAAUUAUGCUUGAAAACCGCAUUAGUAAAUCUAUGACUAUUGAAAACUUAAUUCUUUGUUCUGGGCUUGAAAAUAUUAAAAUAUAAAUUUAACUCUAUAUCAAUACUCAUUGGAGUUGAAUGAAAAUAAUCUUAGAAUAGUCGUUAAACUUAAUAUGUUUAUCGUAAAAUAUCCUACUAGGAUAGUUAGUACUACAAACGUUGUAGUCAAAGCUAUUAAACAAAUCGUGUGCCUAAAAAUGUAUAUGCUUGUUAACUAAAUGAAAUUACUCACGAAAUUCCAUUCUUACGCCAAAAGCUCACCUGUACGAGAGAAUUUAGUUGGUAAAUUAUUUAUUUUUAUAGGUUUAUAAUAUGUAUGUUUAAGUUUCAUAACUUUGGUAGUAUAUUUUUUAAGUUUCGUAAGGUGUGUUAUCAUAACUUUCGAUGUGAAAGUUGAAAAAUUUAUUUCAAGGGUCAGGAGAGAUAUUGGAACUUCUAAAAUUUGGAAGGAAUUAAAAAAAGUUUUCAUUUUGGACAGUUAAAGUUUUUAUUUAAGUUAAAAGUUUGGAAAUUUGUUUAAUAAAUGUAAGAUCAUACUAUGUAAAGAGUUUUACAAUUCUUUAAUUACGAAAAAUAAAUAGCUGGCAGAUAAUAGAUAAGUAACUAUAUUAUAUGAAAACUUGAAAAGUUCGUGAUAACACAUUUAUAUAAUUAGCUUAAGGAGCAGUUCUCGUAUUGUUUUUAAAAUGCUAGUAGUAGCAAGUACUUAAGUGCAAUAUGCAAUUUAUUUUAAUUACACAGCAGAGUUUUGUAAUCAAUAUAUUUAUAGCUUUACAAAGUUUUAUAUGCACCAGUAAAUUAAAUACAGACAACAUUGUACCAGUUAACUGUAACCAAAUAAAAUGUUUUGCAUCUGAA